UGUUUUAGCACUUGAAACUCAACAGCCCCCGAAGUAAAAAUCCUGUAAUUAGAUGGAAACUGGUCGAUGUCCUCAUGUUCUCUUCUUCCCCAUCCCAUCACAAGGCCAUAUGAACCCCAUGAUCAAGCUUGCUGAACUGCUAGCUCUCACCGGCAUCAGAAUCACUUUCCUCAACACCCACCACAACCAUGAACGCCUCCUCAAGUUCACCAACAUGGCUGCCCACUUUGCCAGAUACCCUGCUGGUUUCGAGCUCAGGACCAUAACCGAUGGCCUCCCUGAGGAUCAUCCCAGGUCUGGACAUUGGUUCCCGGAGAUGUUUGAAGAUGGCCCGGAGAUGAAAAUCAAGCAGAGUUUGAGAGAGAUGCUUGUGGAUAUCAUCCCACCGGUGGAUUGCAUGAUCGUUGAUGCGUUUCUCGGCUUUGCUCUUGAUGUUGCAAGGGAGCUUGGUAUCCCCAUCUUUUGUUUUCGAACCAGCAGUCCCUGUUGUUUCUGGACUUCUUAUUCUAUCCCUGAUAUGAUCCAAGCUGGGGAGCUUCCUAUCAAAGGAAGUGAAGACAUGGACCGGUUGAUAACGACAUUACCAGGCAUGGAAACUCACUUUCGAUGUCGAGAUCUUCCCAGUUACUGUCGAGCAACCGACAUGGAGGAUGCAUUCAUCAAACUUCUCGUCAAACAGACACGAAAGAGCGCUAAAGCCAAUGCCUUGAUACUAAACACAGCCGAGGAGCUCGACGGGCCUAUCCUAUCCCAAAUACGCACCCAAUGCCCCAACGUAUACGCCAUUGGACCUAUAAAUGCUCAGUUAAAGUCCAGAAAUGGAGAAUUAUACCAUCACUUCUCGAAUACCCUUUGGGAAGAAGAUAAAACCUGCAUUUCUUGGCUCAAUAAGCAAUCGAAUCGAUCUGUUACAUACGCAUGUUUUGGUAGCCUGACGAGCAUGUCGAGGGAGCAACUUAUAGAGCUUUGGUAUGGACUUGUUAACAGUAAUUCCAAGUUCUUGCUUGUUGUAAGGCCAGAUUCCGUGAUCGGGAAAGAUGAAGGGGAGGAUGUUGAUGUCGUAAAGGAGCUUUUCGACAAGAGUAAGGACCGAGGUUACAUUGUCGAUUGGGCACCGCAAGAGGCGGUGUUGAACCACCCGGCCGUCGGUGGUUUCUUGACACAUAGUGGAUGGAACUCAACUUUAGAGGCCGUCGUCGCUGGGGUGCCUAUGAUUUGUUGGCCCUACUUUGGUGAUCAACAAGUGAAUAGUUGGAUUGUGAGUGAAGUGUGGAGAAUUGGGUUGGAUAUGAAGGAUGUUUGCGAUCGGAAGAUGGUGGAGAAGAUGGUGAACGAUGUGAUGGUGGAUCGGAAGGAGGAGUUUGCGAAAUCGGCAGCCGAAUUGGCUAAGCUGACCAAUCAAUCUGUUCGUGUUGAUGGGUCUUCUUACUGUAAUUUGGACCGUCUAAUUGGAGAUAUUAGAGAAAUGAGCUUGAAAACCCCACAAAAGGUGAUAGUUUCUUAAGAAAGAAAUUCACAUC